CGUGCUGGUGCAUUCGGCACAGGAGCUGGCUGGCAAGCAGUCGCUCUCCUCUCUCUCUCUCUCUCUCUCCCUCUUUCUUCUCCUCUGUCCGUGUGUUCUCCACAGCUCACCGUAUUUCAGCAUGCCUGCUCAGCCUGGCUCAAGGCUGCGCUGCCGCCCAACGCUGCGAGUCUGACAACGGACGCACGCACAAGCUCACGCACGCGCACAAGCUCACGCACGCACGCACACACGCACACACACACACACACACACAAGGGGAUGUUAAGCUCCGGAUUGCUGGGAGAGUGAAGCAUGGACCAUGGUGCCAGAGCGGAUCAGGCUGCGCUACGGGGAGCUGUGCGGGGAGCUGCUGUGUGUGGAGCUGGACAAAGAGCGCCAGGGCCUGGGCCUGAGCCUGGCGGGCAACCGCGACCGCUCCUGCCUCAGCAUCUUCGUGGUGGGCAUCAGCCCCGGGGGCCCCGCUGCCAAAAACGGAAACAUCCGUGUUGGGGACGAGCUGCUGGAGAUCAACAACCAGGUCCUGUAUGGCCGCAGCCACCUCAACGCCUCAGCCAUUAUUAAGAGCGCCUCGUCCAAGGUCAAGAUUAUCCUCAUCAGGAACGAAGAUGCUAUCAACCAGAUGGCCGUUCCCCCCUUCCCAACUCCUCCUUCUGUCCUCUCCUCCACUGAGGCUCAUCCCCCCACACCACCAGCAGCAGCAGCGGUAUCAGCCUUGGCCCCCACAGAGAAGGCCCAACCUCCAGAGAGCCUGGUCCUCAGGGGACCCCCGGAGGCCUCCAUCUCCAUCAGCAAGGGGCAGUCCAGUGUCGGCUCCAGUGGGAGCACAGCUACGGAGCUCAUCUCCAGAGAAGCAACACUCAAGAGCCUCCGAGAGGGGGAGACCGCCUCCAAGAAGCUCAAGGCCUCUGAGAAGGGGGCUGAGUCUUCGGAGAGCGUGCCUGUGCCGGAUGCCAAGGCCCUCCUGGAGCAGACUGCCAGCCUGUCCAAGGUCUCACAGAGCUCCAGUAAGGGGCCAAUGGUGAGCGCUGUGGACGGAGGGCUGGUAUCCCCUGUCGCCUCCCUGCCCUCCUCCUGCACUGGUCCAGACUUUGAGUCCUGCAGCAAAGUUGACCCAGCCACGUGUCCUAUCGUUCCAGGCCAAGAGGUAGUCAUAGAGAUCGCCAAGGGUCGCUCUGGCCUGGGCCUCAGCAUCGUAGGGGGCAAAGAUACACAGCUGGAUGCCAUAGUGAUCCAUGAGGUAUAUGAGGAGGGGGCGGCGGCACGCGAUGGACGACUCUGGGCUGGAGAUCAGAUCCUGGAGGUGAAUGGCGUGGACCUGCGUAGCGCGGCCCACGAGGACGCCAUCACAGCCCUGCGGCAGACCCCGGCCAAGGUGCGUCUGACGGUGCUACGGGACGAGGCGCAGUACCGCGACGAGGAGAACCUGGACGUGUUCAGUGUGGAACUGCAGAAGAAGGCCGGCCGCGGCCUGGGCCUCAGUAUCGUCGGCAAGAGGAACGGCACGGGGGUGUUCAUCUCAGACGUGGUGAAAGGGGGCGCCGCCGAGCUUGACGGCAGACUGAUGCAGGGGGACCAGAUCCUCUCUGUCGACGGAGAUGACAUGAGGCAGGCCUCGCAGGAGACGGUGGCUGCCAUUCUCAAGUGUGCCAGGGGGAUGGUGCUCCUAGAGCUGGGCCGACUGAAGGCUGCCUCCUGGAUCUCUUCCAGACACACCUCCCAGGGAAGCCAGAUGAGCCACGUAAUUGCCAACAGCACAAUAGCCACGCCCCACCCCCCGCUUAACUCCACCCCCUCCACCUCUCAGCUCCUCAACAACGCCAGGAAGCCCAUGACGGAGAGCAUGACCUCAUCAAAGAGCGCAGGAGCAGAGAUGGGUGUGCGCACUGUGGAGAUCACGCGGGGUCCUACUGAUGCGCUGGGGAUCAGUAUAGCUGGGGGGAAGGGCAGUCCACUUGGGGAUAUCCCCAUCUUCGUGGCUAUGAUCCAGGCCAACGGGGUGGCAGCCAAGACACACAGACUCAAGGUAGGAGACAGGAUCGUGAGUAUCAACGCUCAGUCUCUGGAUGGCCUGUCUCAUGGGGAUGUGGUCACCAUGCUGAAGAAUGCCUACGGCAGCAUCAUUCUCCAGGUGAUCGCCGACACCAACAUCAGUGCCAUAGCCAGUCAGGUGGAGAGUAUGUCCACUAGCACCAGCCUUCCCAACAGCCCAGACACACAGCCAGGGGAGCCAGAGGCCCCCAAGCCCAAGAAUAUCUCUCUUGAGAAGGGUUCUGACGGCCUGGGCUUCAGCAUCGUAGGGGGCUUCGGAAGCCCUCAUGGAGACCUGCCCAUCUACAUCAAGACUGUCUUCAGCAAGGGGGCAGCGGCGGUGGACGGGCGUCUGAAGAGGGGUGACCAGAUUCUGUCAGUAAACGGAGAGAGUCUGGAGGGGGCCACCCACGAACUGGCCGUGGCCAUACUGAAGAGACAGAGGGGGGCCGUCACUCUGGAAGUCCUCUCCUAGCUCACACACACACACACACACACACACCUAUACCCCCACUGGCAAAGCGACCAUUAUGGGGUUGAACUGGUUUCAACUUUCCAACGUGCAAAAAAACAAAACAAGACACUGUUCUUUUGAGUUGGCCAACAUCUUGAUGCCCAUCUUCACCCUUAUAAACAGCCCUUUAACGAGAAGGGGGCAUUGGUUCUGGAAGGAUUCUGUCACUAGGUGGCACUGCCAAGGAGAGCCCUGCCCUGUAGAAAUGUAGAGAGAGAACAUGUGUGCCGCACCACGUUCAGCUGUGCCCUCAAGUGAACCAUGAGAAAUAAGAGGACUAUAUCUGGGGGGCUGCAGGAAGUAGUGACACCUAACUUCCUGCGUGCCAUCUUAGGAGCUUCACUGUGAGGGCGGUCCGAUCGCUGCGCUGACUGGAUACACACCACAACUUAAAAUGGCAAAUGCUUGGAUAUUAUACAGCAAGGAAACACAUGGAAGCUUUACAGUCUCUGUGCCAUUUCAGCUUUUUUUUGUGUGUGAUCGCACCCGUGCUUCCUUCAUAGAACACUGGUAGAACAAUACAAGAGGUUCGGUUGGUUGAGCUCUCUUCAACGUUACCCUAGUGUUAGCUUAACAUCUCCCUGAUCGGGAGACACUGGUUAGCUGUUAGAGAUGUCAGCUUCAUUUGCUGCUAAUGUGCAAACUGUGAGGGUGAAUGGUCUCGGCAGGGAACGGGGCUGCGACACACUAGACUGGAACAGAUCAUUUAGACACACACACACACACACACAUACUGUAUAUACACACCCACACACAGUAGGCUAGUGAGUCACUGUCAGGUUGACGCACAUCUUCUUAUUCCACAUUGCCCACACACGAUUUAAACUCAUACUGUCAUACUCUAACGCAAAGGUAGUACAUUCAACAGUCUAGUCCCCUCAAACACAACUCUGGAUCUCGAAGCCAGUUCCACUGAGUUUUUUUUCUCCUUAUUGCGCUCUAAUCAGGGGUCUGAUUUAGACCUGGGAGGUAGGUGAAAUCAAUGAUCAGGUAGAACAGAAAAGCAGCAGGCUCCAGGCCUCGUAGGGUAAGAGUUGAAUACCCCUGCUCUAGUCUAUAAAUGUGGUCAACGAAAUGGAUCAAUUCGUUUAUGCUGAAAUAACUGGUAACCUGCCGUGUACUUCUAUAACACUUCAUAGCAUGCUCGUAAGCAUGACACAGCACCCUCUGUAGCCAUUCGAACGCAGUAGCCAACGACUACUGUCUGGUUUAUCACUAUGCAGUAUGUUGUGUAGUCCUGCUAAGAGUUGUAAGCAUUUGUGCAUGUCACGAAGGAGUUUCGCCUUGCAGAUGUGAGACAGGUUAUUAGUACAAAGUGUUGCCAAGUUAUCUGAACCCCCCCCCCCUUUGAAUCCGAGACCGUUUAGCAAAGCGAGGAAAAAUAUAUACACUAUGCGUUUGUUAGCAUUGUUGCUGCAGACACGUUGCUAUUAGCGAUACGAUAUAAUGUAGGCGAAUCUCAGGACUUAAAUCGGGCAUUGUGUCUGUUGCCGGGACUUGCUUGCUUUCCCCUAGUGUGGGUUAGCAGGGAGGUUAGCCGAAUCUUUACCUCCUUUGUCGCUGACCCUGGAGUAUCCCUGUAAGCCUAUUAAGGUCCUAUGAAAUGGUGUCAAAAUACACCAUUUAGUCUGGUCCAAGAUAUUUGUGCUCUACUCCCACGGUCAUUAUCACGCCAAACAAGACUGCACAAACAGGACUGGAACCAGGCUUUGUCUUAACUGAUCAAAGGGAGAAGGAUCAUCCUAACGAUGCUUUGAGUUGGACGAUCCACCUCCUAGCCAAUCCCGACCAUUUUAACUUUGUGGACUGGACACUUGCAUUUCAAUGAAGUGCUAUUACUUUUUGUUUUACCUGCCUUUGUCAUUGUUUUUAUUUGUGUCAUGCGGAUGCAUGCAUGUUACUGUAAGCCUUUUAUUUUGGUUAGACAUGUCUUGGUAAAAACAUAUACCAACGUUUUUGAUCAUCUGGGGCACUAUCAGAAGCAAUCGAUUUCUUGUUGUGAGCCGUUGUCAUCAUGUAUCAAGGGUGCGUUCCUUAGGCAUCAAAUGAAAAUGGACUGAAACAGGAAGGGACAACCUGAACUUAAUAAAUGCUUGUUUUUGUUUUGCGUAGCAGGACAUUUUGCUAUGGUGUGCACUAAUGAAUACAAACCAUGUGUGGCUGUAGCUCCACACUGUUCUGUCCAGCUGCGAGGAGCUCACCACGUCCAACAAUUACAGGAUAUCCUGUCUCCCUCGGCUGGAGCCCGUCGUCUGUUUCCUGUGUCGCUGCAACCCCUCCACGCUCACAGGAAGUGACAACACGUUCCUCCAAGACACUUUGAGCCCCCCCAGUUGUAUUCAUUAGGUCCCAAACGGGAGAAAGCAGACUGAAACAAGGAGGGACUACCUGAACUUGCCCAAUACAAAAACACUUGUUUUCCGUUGCAAACCAUUUAGCUACGUUGUGCCAUAAUGAAUAUGACCCCGGUUAACACUAAGGAAAACCCUGCAUAUUAACUCUCGCGCCGUGCCUGUCUCAGUCAAAGUGGAAGUGCAAUCUGGUGUGCGUCCUAAAUACUUGUAAGGGGUCCUAGGAUUUAGGGGAGGUCGGCCUAUUAAGGGGGCUGACUACUGCUCUGCCGUGAGUCGCUGAUGUGCUAGAGUAGAUUGUUGUGUGUGUGUUCAUCAUACAUCAGUCUUAUUUCUGUGAGAGCCUAUUGCUAUAAGUCUUAAUGCUCAAUCCCUUUAAAGAGAUUCAGUUUAAACUCACUGCUGCCUAUUUCACUUGCUUCUUUUCCUCUCUCAUGCUGUGAUCUCUCCAUCUGCUCUAGACUUUUUUAGAUUUUGUCUGACUUUGUCCUAUGCGUGUCAAUCGGCAGUGGGCUGUGUGUGUUUGUACACGUGCAUGUGUUCGUCAGAAGUUGGACUGCUGAUGAUGAUCCCGUCACGCCCCAAUAAUUCCGUCUAUAAUGCCAUCGACGAACUGAGCGCUCGUCCGUAGCGCCACAGAAAACAUCUUUCUUCACGUCAUUGAUCGAUGGAACGCAUUUUCAAAUCCAAAGAAACAAUCCACCCUUCCUAUAUCGAUGUGUGACAAACUCUGCUGUAACGACGUGUGGAUACACAGUAUAUAUCUAUAGAAAAAUAUAUUGUCUAUGAUCACAAAUGCAAGUCUCAUCUUUUAAAUGUGUGUAGCCUACUGACUGUGGUCAUACACUGAUGCUCUUCGUGAAUUCUGACGAAUUGUUUGAUGAUGUUCCAUGUUUUAUUAAAUACAAGGAGAGCACAAUCAUUUCCACCAUGUCCUA